UUAUUGGUUAAAAGUUAUUGGUAAUAGUUAAUGAAGAAAACAAUGUAUUAAAAAUACAAUUUUAAAUAUUUUUUUAAUAAAUGUGAAAAAAUUAUAACAUAAAUCUUUUAGAAACGGAGAAAAUAUACAAUAACUCUCUGUAAAUGGCCAGUGGGGACCAGAUGUGGCCAUGGAAGACGUCAGAUGGAUUUACUGCUUCUUUCUUAAAUGAGUUUACAUUCCAAUGAUAGAAGAUAUUAAUACUACUUAUCUAUCAUUCGGUAUCAAACGUCAAAAAUAUUUGCUCCCAAGGUUUUAAGAUGAGCAACAGAAGACCUAUAACAGCGAUUGGCUAAUAAUGUUAGCAUAAUAAGUAACCAACAAACUGGCCGUGACAUUUAUCCCCUCCCAAGUCUCAAAAGGCAUUUUAGCAAAAAAAGAAAGAAAGUCUCAACAGGCAUUCACAUUUCUCAUCAUACUUAUGUAUAAAGUUCCAUUUUCACUUUUUUUUUUCCGUUUAUCAUUCUCUAUCCCUUAUAUAUGGAGUUCCAUUUUCAUUUUUUUUUCAUUUCAGUUGAUUAGUUUAUAUAUAUAGUAAAUUUUCUAUAAAUUAAUAAUAAACGCAAUAAAUUAAUAAAUUUUAUCCGUCUUGAAUUGGGUUAGUUAAAUAGGAAAAAAAAUCAAUAAACUAAUAAAAUAAUAAUUUUUUAAAAAAAAUAUAUAAAUAUAUGGUUCAAUUAAAAUCCUAAGUUAAUGAUUUAUAUUGUUUGUUUUAUAUUUCCAUUUGAGUCUAUUUCUAUUUUGCUUAACAUUUUAAAAUAUUUUGAUAAUAUUUGUAAAAUUAUACCUAAAACUCAUAUAACUUCCUAUUAUACAUAUAUACUAAAUAAUAUAAAAGUCAAUUUAUAACAGUAAAAUUAGUUGAAAAAACAAAGUUGACAAAAAAUCAGUAAAAUUAACUAUUUUCUUAUAUUACAAAUUACAUAUUCCUAAAUAUAUGUAUAUAUAUAUUUUUUGUAAAUUAAAAAUUUAAUGAAUUAAUAAAAUCAGUAUUAUUAGUUUAUAGAGUUUUAACUGUAUAGCACAGAUCCUUUAAAAUUUUACUAGUUUAUAGUUUGACAUUUAUUUAUAAGGUAUUUUAUGUGCAAUAUAUUCAUUGAUAAAUGAAAAAAUAAAUACAUUUAAAGAUACAUAUGACAUGGUCCAAACUAAUCCUUAAGGAUAGGCGCAACCGCUUACAGAUGGCCACUCUUUUCAAAUAUUAAAAUGAGACAUAAACCCAGUAUUUUAAAAACUGAACUAGACCGGCCAGUCCGACAGUGACUCGUUCAAUAAGCCAAGUCCGGUGUAAUUUAAAAAUUGGAUAUGAGAAAAAUCGGUAAAAUCGGCUAAAAACCGGUGAGCAGGUCCGGUUAUAAAAAACACAUGAUUAAUGUGUGUUUUAAUUGUUAUUAAAUUUAACAUUUUAUAAUCAAUAUUUGACAUCACUAUUUAAUUAUUUAAUUUUUUUGUUUUGUAAGAAAGAACUUACAAAUCUCCAUUUGACUUUUAGUUGUAAAAAUAAAUAAAUGCGGAAUUUGAAUUUGUGUGUUUAUCAGUUAGAAUUAUUACUUGUUUACUAUAUAUAUAGUUAGAUUUAUAUUCAUUGUUUUUUUUCUUCUAGUUAAUGGGAAAAGAACGUGUCAUAUAUAUAGAAGAACUAUACCUUUAAAGUUCAGAUAAUGUAAAUAUAUGAUUAUAUAUAUUUAGUUUUUGGAAAACAGAAACUUCGGUUUGACCGGUUGAACUGGUCCAACCAAUAGUCGAUAUCCGACACUAUUUUUGAAACAUUGCCUAAAACAUAGACACAUAUCCGCAUGACCACAAAAUAAUAUGUAUUCAGAUGUUUUUGAAUCCGGAUUGCUUAGAUCUUCAUAGUCGGCUUACCAUUAAACCACCAUGAUUUUUUGUGAUUCAAAGAUCCUAAUCUAGUAUUAUAUCAACUUUUAAAGAAAAUAUCAAGAAACUUAUUGUAAAUCUUACAAAUUAGUAAAUAUUUUUUGAUUUAUAGUAAACAAUUAAUAUGAAAUCCUUGCAUAUUUAUCGCAUACAUACAAGUACACACUAAACAUACACGCGUAUUAAAAGAGGCUGCGAGAAGAUAGCAUAAGAUUUGGAUAAACAAAAAAAAAAAAGACGAAGAAGAGAGUUAAUGCGAUCGCAGGAAGACAUGAGCAAUCGUCACCGUCCAUUUUUCAAAGACACUAACUUACUUGGCCGCAACUCCCAACCACAUCACGCUCUUUCUAUUCCCUACUUAUAUUCCCAUCUCAAAACUUCCUGGAGACAACAAAACAUAAACACAAACGCCAAUCGCAACUCUCGCGUUUACUAUGGAGAAGCAGCGUUUUGGACUUGCGGCUGCGGUUGUAUUCUUAGCAUUGGUUCAAGUCUCUGUAUCGGUUCCGUUUAUAGUGCUUCAUGGAAUCGCAGCUGCAUGUUCUGAGGGGAAAGAAGCUAACUUCACACAGCUUCUCUCUAACUUCUCUGGCUCUCCUGGUUUCUGCCUAGAAGUUGGAAAUGGAGAACUCGAUUCAUGGUUCAUGCCACUUGCGAAACAAGCGGAAAUAGCGUGUGAGAAAGUGAAGCAAAUGAAAGAGUUGCGUCAAGGAUACAACAUUGUUGGAAGAUCUCAGGGGAAUCUAGUGGCUAGAGGCUUGAUUGAGUUCUGCGAUGGUGGACCUCCGGUUUACAACUAUGUAUCUUUAGCAGGUCCUCAUGCUGGAAUCUCCUCUGUUCCUAUGUGUGGUUCUGGAUUAUGGUGUGAAAUAGCAGAUGAGCUGAUCAAGUCAGAUAUUUAUAGCGACUUCAUUCAAGAUCAUCUUGCUCCUAGUGGCUAUCUCAAAAUCCCUACGGAAAUGAAAAAGUACCUGGAAAGUUCCAAGUAUCUACCUAAGCUUAACAAUGAGAUACCAAACCAAAGAAACUCCACUUACAAAGAACGUUUCGCCAGCUUACACAACUUGGUUCUUAUCAAGUUUGAGGACGAUAAGGUCAUUGUUCCAAAAGAUUCGUCUUGGUUCGGGUUUUACCCGGAUGGUGAUUUCGGACCUCUUCUCACCGUUCGAGAGACAAAACUCUUUCAAGAGGACUGGAUCGGUCUGAAACCAUUGAUUGAUACUGGGAAAGUGGAGUUUGUGAGUAUAGAUGGCGCACACCUCAAAAUAUCGAAUAUUGAUAUCGUCAAAUACGUUGUGCCUCAUCUCCAAAACCGACCUUCUUCCGAACAAAAAAGAUUCAACCGCAAAACGAAGGAGCCUUUGCAUACUUAAAAGAGAAAAUAUCUCAUCACCUUAGUGAUGAUUGUGUAGAACAACAAUCCUUAUUCAUAUAGUUAUCAUAAUAUACAUACUUAUCUAUAAUCAAAGCGUCAAUAAUGUUUCAACCUGGUAGGUAGGUAGAAUGGAUAAGUAUUUAAUCAUAUAAAAUCCAAAAGGCAAAAGGGAGAGUUGAAUUCUGAUUAUUGCAAGUCAUUAAAGUCAAACUUUCUUGCUGUU